UAUGUCGAUGUAGAAGUGGGGGGCGCUCAGGCGCAGGUGGGGAGAGGAAAUCCUGGUGACUCUGUGGGACCGUCUGGGACAGACGCGCUUCUCCAGCCACGUUUAUCUUUUUCAGAAAACCAGCACCUAUGGCUCUCUUUGCAGUCUUUCAGACAACAUUCCUGUUCGCAUUGCUGUCCUUGAGGACUUACCAGAGUGAAGUCUUGGCUGAACGUUUACUAUUGACUCCUGAAUCACUUAAAAUUUCCAUCAACUCUACAUGUCAGUGUUUGCAUUUACAAUGGACCGUCCACAACUUUCCUUAUCAUCAGGAACUAAAAAUGCUGUUUCAGAUACAGAUCACUAGAAUUGAAACAUCUAAUGUCACCUGGGUGAGGAAUUAUACCACUGCUGUGAAGUGGAAUCAAGUUCUGCAUUGGAGCUGGGAAUCUGAGCUCCCUUUGGAAUGUGCAACACACUUUGUAAGAAUCAGGAGUCGGGUGGACGAUGCCAGGUUCCCUGAGUUGAGUUUCUGGAGCAUCUGGAGUUCAUGGGAAGAAGUCAGUGUACAAAAUUCUCUUGGGCAAGAUACAUUGCUUGUUUUCCCUAAAGAUAAGCUGGUGGAAGAAGGCUCCAAUGUCACCCUCUGUGCCAUUUCUCAGAGCAAUCAAAAUAGCAUAUCCUGUUAUUUGGAAGGUGAACAGAUACACGGAGGACAACUUAAUCCAUACGUAUCCACAUUCCACUUAAAAAAUGUCCCUUUCAUUAGGGAAAGAGGAACAAAUAUCUUUUGUAAAGGGAAGCAAAAUAAUAUAAAAGGCAUCGUGCUCUUUGUCUCAAAAGUACUUGAGGAGCCCAAGGACUUUUCUUGUGAAACCCAGGACGCCAAAACUUUGAGCUGUACGUGGGAUCCUGGGAGUGACACUGGCUUGGCUUGGUCUAAACAACCUUCCCAAAGCUACACUUUAUUUGAAUUAUUUUCUGGGAAAAAGAAACUUUGUGAGCACAAAAAGUGUUGUAAUUGGGAAAUAACUCAAGACUCACAAGAAAUGUAUAACUUCACACUCGUGGCUGAAAAUUACUUAAGGAAGAGAAGUGUCAACAUUCUUUUUAACCUAACUCAUCGAGUUCAUCCAAAGCCUCCCUUUAGUGUCAACUUUGAAAAUGUAAGUGCCACAAGUGCCAUCAUGACCUGGAAGGUGCAUUCUAUAAGAAAUCAUCCCACACUUUUGUGUCAGGUUGAACUCCAUGGUGAAGGAAAAAUGGUUCAGCACAAUGUUUCCGUCAAGGUGAAUGGUGAAUACCACUUCAGUAAAUUGGAGCCCGACACAGAGUAUGUCACCCAGGUACGCUGUGCUGAUGCCAACCACUUCUGGAAAUGGAGUGAAUGGACUGUCCAAAACUUCAUCACAUCUGAAGCUGCUCCCUCAGAAGCUCCUGAUGUCUGGAGAAAGGUGAAGUCGGAGCCAGGAAUUCGUACGGUGACCUUAUUCUGGAAGCCACUAUCAAAGCUUCAUGCCAAUGGGAAGAUCCUCUUCUAUAAUGUAGUUAUAGAAAAUCUAGACGAACCAUCCAGGUUAAAGUUUCUCUCUGUUCCUGCACCGGCCAGUGGCAUACAACUAACCCUUGACUGGUGUUCAUACCAAAUCCACGUCACAGCCAACAACAGUAUUGGCACUUCUCCCGCUUCGGUGAUUGUCAUCUCUGGGGACCCUGGAAAUGAAGAGGCUGAAGAAGAAAGAAUUAAUGGCACCGAGGAUGGAUUCUCUAUGUCUUGGAAACCCCAAACUGCAGACCUCACAGGCUAUGUUGUGGAGUGGUGUGAUCACCCCCAGGACUCGCUCUGUGAUGUCCAGUGGAAGAACAUAGGUCCCAAUACCACAAGUACAGUCAUUAGGUCAGAUGUGUUUAGACCAGGAGUCCGAUACAACUUCAGAAUUUAUAGAAUCUCUACGAAAAAGGUUGCUUAUUUAUUAGAGAAAAAAACAGGAUACUCCCAGGAACUGGCUCCUUCAGACAACCCUCAAGUGGCUGUAAGUAACUUGACAUCCCACUCCUUCACUCUGAAUUGGAACAAUUAUCCCACUGAAUCCCAACCUGGUUUUAUACGAGGGUACCAUGUCUAUCUGAAAUCCAAGGCAAUGCAGUGCCAUCAAGGAUUUGAAAAGGCAGUUCUUUCAGAUGAUUCAGUAUGCUGCAAAUACAAAGUCGACAACCCGGAACAAAAGACAUUCAUUGUGGAAAACCUACAGCCAGAAUCCUUCUAUGAGUUCUUCGUCACUCCAUACACAAGUGUUGGCGAGGGCCCCAAUGGUACUUUCACGAAGGUCACGACUCCAGAUGAAUACUCCCAUAUGCUGAUAAGUAUCAUAGUGCCCAUGAUUGUGUGCGUCUUGGUCAUCGGAAUCGUGUGCUACUUGAAAAGUCAGUGGAUAAAAGAGAACUGUUAUCCUGACAUCCCAGACCCUUACAAGAGCAGCAUCCUGUCAUUAAUAAAAUCCAAGGAGAACCCUCACUUAACAAUAAUGAAUGUCAAUGACUGCAUUCCAGAUGCUAUUGAAGUUAUGAACAAGCCAGAAGUGACUAAGAUACAACUCUUAGGUACUAGGAGGUCACUCACAGAAACUGAAUUGACUAAGCCUGCCUACCUUUACCUCCUUUCAACAGAAAAUAAUUACUCCGGCCCUGGACCCUGCAUCUGUUUUGAGAACUUUACCUAUAAUCAGGCAGCUUCUGACUGUAGUUCUUGUGGCCAUGUUCCAGUACCCCAGGAAGUCUCACCAGGUCAGCUGGGACUAUUGACCUCACCUGAAAAUUUACUAAAAGCAAUAGAAAAAAACUAUAUGAACUCCCUGGGAGAAAUCCCAGCUGGAGAAGCUAGUUUGAAUUAUGUGUCCCAGUUGGCUUCACCCAUGUCUGGUGACAAGGAUGGUCUGCCAACAAAUCCACCAGUGCCGGCACACUGUUCGGAGUAUAAAAUGCAAAUGGCAAUACCCCUGUGUCUUGCGUCACCUCCCCCGAGUGAGAAUAGCAGCCUUUCCUCAGUUAGUCUUUUAAAUCAAGGUGAACACUGCCAUUAACCAGCAUGCUCAUUUCAUACCUUUAUGCUAUCCACACACUAAGGGGAGCAUAGCUGGCACCAUUCUAUUACUAGGUGCCUCAGUCCUUAACCCCACUGAGCUAUCACUAUUUGGAGGUCUGAUUUAUAUAAAACCACUACAGUCUAGUUAGGUUAAAGGCCAGAAGCUAUGGAACAUAGCAUUUGCCCUUGCUGCAAGCUUGCUCUAGAAAUGGCAGGAUCAUGGGAACAUGCUCACCUUGCUGCUGUUUGUUCCAGGCUCACCUUUAGAAUAGUAGACCUGAACUUGACAUAGGGAGAGGAAUUAACCACUCCACAGACCCCGCCCACUCAGAACUGUACAAGGUGGCUGUGGUCCUAGAAGUUGUUUUUAGGGAGGAAAUAUUUCCAUUAAAAUUUACCCUCAUGUUUAAUCCUUAAGGGUUAAGCAAUUAGACGGAAGCCUUUAAUAAAGGCCACAGAAGUUUUGAGACCAAAACAGAUUUUAGACUUGCCUUGAAGUGAUACGAAUUUAUAGUUUAUUGACAGUAAAAUUAAUUCUUUUGGAGGCACAAUCUAAUAGGCAAGAUGUGUGAACGAAUCAAUAAGAUCUCCAGAAUUCUCCUUCUGUCUAGCUUACUAUAUAGUUAAAGAAUGGGACAUGGAACUCCUGACUUAAUGUUAAGAUAAUAAACACUCCUGCCCAGUAGACAUCAGUCUUCUUCCAUAAUUUUUUGAUGACUACCUCAGAAUAGAAACAGGAAAAUAUAUCACUGAGUAAUUUCAUUCACAUUUUAUGGUUCCUCUUUUUUUCAAAAACCACAUAUAAAUGUCUUGUUUUCACUUAGCAUCCUUUGAGCUUUGCAAUAGGUUGUCUGGAUCAAGAUAACACUCUGUCUCAUUUAUGUUAUUAUGUUAAAAUUAAUAAACAAAAUGAAACCUCAUUGUUGGACAUAAUUUAGAUAUAACUGUAAUAAGUUCUGUGGGGUGGGAAAUUCUGUGUUGGCUGCAGCACAACUCUGUCUUGAACCAAUAUACGCAAAGCACUUGGUACGUAACAGGUGUUCAGUACGUGCUAAUCCCUCUCUCUCCCCUUGGCCUGUCAACCCCUAAUGUUUGUCACAUUUCUAAACAAGAGGGGCUUCUUUCUGUUUUGCUGACUGCUGUCAGUGUGGUGGAAAUGACUCCACUUCUGCUCAUGCCUCUGGAACCAAGUGCCCUUGCCCUGUGCUACUCAACACUAUGAAGCAAGACAAGUAUCCAAAUCUAAAAGUAAUGUGGCUGUCAACUGGCCUACAUAUUCCUACAAAAACCAGUACUUCUGUUCAAGCUUUUCUACUCUUUCCUUACAUAUAACUAAUAACUCAACCUUUUGCUAGAAAAAUUGGUUAUGUUCUCCUAACAUAGUACAAAACAGUAGCUUAAUUAAUCUAGUAGUUGUGAGAAGACUUUAGGGCCAGUAUUGUUGCCAUUUACCUUAUUUAUGCUCCUUUGUCAUUUUCAUUUAAAACUUGUACACAGAAAUGUCAAUGACAUUGAUGACUGAUUUUUAAAUAGUUUCUUUCAUAUAGAUUUUG